AUGCCGAGCAAGGCCUUGCUGCUCGUGGGCAUGGUCAGCUCCUCUCCCAUCGGUGACCCCGACCUCGUCCCUCGUGCUUACCCGCAGAACGGUGGAGGACCCGGCAACUAUUGGCACAAAGAUUUCUUCACUCUUACCUGGAAGACCCACACCCGUCAAAUCCUCACCAACGUCACUGAACACAUGCCCGGCUGGAACCCGUCAUGGGCCAGCCACUUCGCCGUAGACUCCCCUCCUACCAACCAGGUUUCGUUCGGCACCGGCAUCUUCGGCCACGUCCAGAAUAACUGCCCCACCACUGUCUAUAUUCACACUUCGAUCGGUGCGAACAAUGGUGGCCCCGGUGGCGACGAUCCUGCUGAUCCUGUUGCUACCUAUCCCAUCGCUCCUGGUACAACCUACAGCACCAGCAUUCCGGCAGUCAUUAAUGGUGCUGGUGGCGUCUCCAUCAAGAUCGGGCCAGACUCCACUAUGAACCCCGGCAACAUCUACCAAAUCGAAUACACGCAAUUUGCCAAUAGCGAUGGUAAUAUGGCGACUUGGUAUGUUCUGAGCAGCGUCAACGGCGAUCCGUUUGUCGGGAGCGCUCGCUACAUGCAAGUCACCAGCAACAGCGGCGCUUGUAGCAACAUCUACAACGCCCCAGGCUCUGCUGUCGGCGAUUGGCCCAACGUCCAGGGCGAGUGCGAAGCUGCUGGUGAUCUCUACUUCUACCUCUGCUGA